CCGGCCCCCCGGAAACACCGCCCGCGCCCCGCCGGUGCCGGCCAUGGAGGAGGAGGAGGCGGCGGCGGUGGCCUGGAUGGACCAGGCCCUUGAAGUGGCUAAAGAGGCGCUGGGGAAGGGGGAAGUUCCCGUCGGCUGCCUCCUGGUGUAUGGCGGCGAGGUCAUCGGGAGGGGCAGGAACGAGGUCAACGAGACGAAGAACGCUACACGACAUGCAGAAAUGGUGGCAAUCGAUGAGGUCCUUGACUGGUGCAAGCAACACGGCCGAGAUUAUACGGAAGUAUUUGCACAGUCGGUAUUGUACGUGACUGUGGAGCCCUGUAUCAUGUGCGCAGCUGCCGUGCGCUUGAUGAAAAUUCCACGGGUCGUAUAUGGCUGUCGAAAUGAGCGAUUUGGAGGCUGUGGCUCAGUUUUGAGCAUCUCGUCUGAUGAUAUGGUAGACACAGGAGAACCAUUUGAAUGCAUUUCUGGUUAUCGUGCCAAAGAAGCAGUGGAACUGUUAAAAGCUUUCUACAGACAAGAAAAUCCCAAUGCACCAAAAUCAAAAGUACGGAAAAAGGAGCAUCGUAAUUAGCCCUACACUGAUGGGAGACAGAAACUUACCAAAAAACGAUAUGAGAAGGUUUCUUCAGCAUACUUCUUUUUUAAAAUGUACAGACCAAUUAAACUUUGUCUAAUGUUCUGUACACAGCUUUUACUGAUAGGAUACUUACUACCAGUUCUUGUGUUUCUAUGUAUGUGAUUUCUUGUUAUCAUACAUUACCAAACAGAAGAAUAAGUGACUGUUUUUAGAAAGAGGAAAAUUUGUGGUUCAAAUUCACUUGUUUACAGCCAGAUGGAUCCAUUAAAAUGAUCCCAUUCUGUACAGCACAUUUUUGAACAUUUUCUUUCCUUCUGUCUGUGGAGAAGCAUCUUGCUUUUCGAUAGUAAAUGUUUGUUUAGGCAAGUAAGUAAAUCUCUCGGAAGGUUACAUUUGUGAGACCUUCACAGUCCUUGUUUAUAUAUUUAAUGAAAAAGGCAUAUAAGGAAUUGUACAGUCCUUGAAGACUUCAGAUACGACCACUGUAACUGUUCUUCAUUGUUUCUUUUACACCCCCUCUAGCAUAAGCCAAAUUUUCAGACAUAACUUCUGAAAGUCACGUACAUAUGUAGACAGGUAUAUAUGCAGUUGCAUCUCAGUUUGUGUAUGCUGUGGCUUAAUAAGCAUAAGUGUCACUCGACUGCACAGCAUCUUCAUACAAAGUUGUGGAGAAACUCUCCACAACUCUCUUUAGACUGUCCCCUCCUCUUGUGAAUAUUAGCAUAAGAAAUGCUCUCAGUGGGUUCUUAAUGAUAGAAGUUGAACUUGUUCUCAGCUGCUAAAUUAUAGGAACUGAGACAGGCAGAUACAUGUGAAGACCAGGAAAUUAAAUUGGUAACAGUAUGAAGAAAUAUAUUUGAAAUGCAUGUGUUCUUCUAGCGUUGAUUGGCUUUGUCGUUUCCAUGUACUUUGCUUGGCCAUGCAGUAAUUUAUAAUCCAGAAGAGGGCCUUACAGUUUCACUAAUGAAUUAAGAAUACAAGUACAGUUCAAUCUUGACUAUAUACCUCUUAGUGGGUACUUACGAAACUGUUUGUAGUUUAUUCGGCUGAUAUUCAGAAAUUUGAGAAACGCCCUAACUUUUUUUUUAAUAUGAAAGAGUGGUUAGAAUUCUAUGACUAUAAAAACUGAAUACAGUUAAAACUUUUAGAUAUUUCAAAUAAAUAUGUUCUGAAUUGUUUUAAAAAAGUGCAUUAAAAAACAUUGCUUUGUCACCAUUGCUCCUAAUAGCUUAGAAUUUGUAUGUUGUGUGUUUACUUAUUGUUUACAAAGUGAUAUGGGAAAGAAGUGUUUUUACCAUAAUAGCUAUUUUCCGAGUUUAGAAAUAUUAUUCCUUUUACUUAAGCCCUUUAACUGAUGUCUCUGACCUAUCCUGUUCUCCUGACCAUUACUUACAGCGCUCUUGGAGUCUUUUCCUUUCUAUAAGCAAAAGAAGUUAUGACUGUGUUUGCAGAAUUCAUCAGCUUCAGCGUUCCAAGGGCUCAUGAACCAGAAAGCUAAGCUGGAAAAGCUGUUCAGGAAAAGACUGGGUUUGAUGACUGUGAUGGCUUUAUUGGAAAGAAAUGGUCCCACCUGUGGUUACGGUAUUUGGCUGGUGAUGUAAGACAGAUAUUUAUCUAUACAGAUACAUACAUUCGAUUCUCAACUGGACCAUAAUUUCCUUAUACCUUGAAGAAGUCACUGAAGUCCAAAUAAAAGGAAGACGUUAGA